AACAAGCUAUCAAAUUCCAGGUUUAUUACAACAUUAAAGGUUCUAUUUCCAUGCUGCUGUUUGUUCAAGGAAAUAGCUGUUAGAUGACAUUUUUUACAUUCAAAUUUUACUUCUGAAUGCCGUUCUCAUUAAUCGUCGGGCUGAAUCGACUGUAUUGAGCUUGGUGCUGGUAGGCUUGAAAUCCGCAGCUGUCAUUGGAAGCGGCGGUGGAAUUAAACCUUUGCAGCGAAGUUCACUGCAUUGUGCGAAAGAAGAGCAUUAGAAAGUUCAUCAAUAAUCAGUAUGGAGGAGUCCUGCCCAGUUGUUAAGAACAUUUUGCUACUGGAUUCAGAAGGCAAACGAGUAGCAGUGAAGUAUUAUACUGAUGAUUGGGACACCCUUGCUAGCAAGUUAGCAUUUGAGAAGUCAAUUUUCACAAAAACUCAGCGAUCCAAUGCUCGUUCAGAAGCGGAAAUUGGAAUGUUUGAUGGCUACAUCGUUGUAUACAAGUUCAUAUCAGAUUUGCACUUCUUUGUCACUGGGGGUGAAAAUGAAAAUGAGCUCAUUUUGGCAACAGUUCUUCAAGGUUUUUUUGAUGCAGUUUCUACUUUGCUCAGAAACAAUGUUGAAAAGAGGACAGCUCUGGAGAAUUUAGACCUCAUUCUUCUCUGUAUUGAUGAGAUGGUGGAUGAAGGAAUUAUCUUGGAAACCGAACCAACCUCAGUUACUGGGAGGGUUUCAAUGAGGGGUUCCGAAAUAGAUGCACCACUGGCAGAGCAGACUAUAUCUCAAGCAUUUGCCAUGGCAAGGGAGCAUUUAGCAAGAUCACUUCUGAACUAGAAACCUGCGGAGCUAUUCUAUAAUUGAAAUUUCAUUUUUCACUUUCUUGAGAAUUGUUUAGUACUUUUGGAUGAUGCACGUGUUAUGAUAGUGUUCAAGUUUGGUAGUUUUAAAAGAAUUUUGAGGAACAAGAUUACAUGAUUAUUGUAAGAAAACAAUGCGUUUCUAACUUCCUGGUAUACAAGUUGAGAUUGAUGCAAUCAAUGUUUUCUGUCUCUGGGUAAACAUUCAUAGAAGAAUAAUGGGGAUCAUUUGGUUGAUGAAUCAAAUUUGAACGUA